GCAAGCUGUAAGCACGCCACCUUUGCCGUGGAUGUGAGGAAAUGUGCCAAACUGGAUAGCCACUGAAACUAGUAUAUAAAGGGGUGUACAUGACAUAGCAUGCAUAACAUUCAGGUUCAGUAGCAGCAGAGACACUAGCCAAAGGGUUGGAAGGAAGAACCAUGGCUAGGCAGCAGGGAGUUGCUUCCAUGCUUACAGUUGCUCUGAUCAUUGGAACAUUUGCUUCUGUUCCAACAGCUGUGCAAUCCAUCGGCGUGUGCUACGGCGUGCUGGGCAACAACCUCCCGUCGCGGAACGAGGUGGUGCAGCUGUACAGGUCCAAGGGCAUCAAUGGCAUGCGCAUCUACUACCCGGACAAGGAGGCGCUCAACGCGCUGCGCAACUCCGGCAUCGGCCUCAUCCUCGACGUCGGCGACGCGCUGAACUACCUCGCCGGCAGCGCCGCCAACGCGGAAGCAUGGGUGCGCGACAACGUGAGGCCCUACUACCCGGCCGUCAACAUCAAGUACAUCGCCGUCGGCAACGAGGUGGAAGGCGGCGCCACGAAUAGCAUCCUCCCGGCCAUGCGGAACGUCAACUCCGCCCUGGCCUCCUCCGGCCUCGGCGCCAUCAAGGCGUCCACCGCGGUGAAGUCCGACGUGAUCACCAACUCCUACCCUCCCUCCGCCGGCGUGUUCAGGGACAACUACAUGAGGGACAUCGCCGGCUACCUGGCGAGCACCGGCGCGCCGCUGCUGGCCAACAUCUACCCCUACUUCGCCUACCGGGGCAACCCGCGCGACAUCAGCCUCAACUACGCCACCUUCCGGCCGGGCACCACCGUCAGGGACCCCAACUCCGGCCUCACCUACACCAACCUGUUCGACGCCAUGAUGGACUCCACCUACGCCGCGCUGGAGAAGGCCGGCGCGGGGAGCGUCCGCAUCGUCGUGUCGGAGAGCGGGUGGCCGUCGGCGGAAGGGUUCGGCGCGAGCAUGGACAACGCGAGGGCGUACAACCAGGGGCUGAUCGACCACGUCGGGCGUGGCACCCCCAAGAGGCCCGGGCAGCUGGAGGCCUACAUUUUCGCCAUGUUCAACGAGAACCAGAAGACCGGCGACGCCACCGAGAGGAACUUUGGCCUCUUCUACCCUAACAAGUCGCCGGUGUACCCCAUCCGCUUCUAACUGUGUUAGGUGUUAAUUCCACCAAAACACAAAUUAAGCUCAAAUAAGCUACUCCUUAAUUAUUAAGCUACUAGUAAAAAUAAGCUUAGCUGCAAGGAAUAAUAAACCAAUAAAAGUGUACGUGCAUGCAACAUGUGCCGUGUGCAUGCACUUCCUAAAGUUCUGGAUUGAUAAGUGUAUUAUGUCAUGAAUAAAGUGAAGGGCAGUGUUCUUCUUUC